AUGCCACUAUGGCCUUUUGGGAGGAAGAAGCGUCGUCGUUUGAGCGCAGAGACGACCGUGACCACAACGUCGACAACUGCUACCACGGCCGCGCCAACAGCUCCAACUCCAACAAUAACACGCCAUCCAGCACCACAACAACAACAGACCCAGGCCCACCCUGCAGAUGUUUCAGAUAUCCCGGCACAGGCCAUCGCUCGCCCGCCCAAUGACAGCUCCACCCACAUAAUUACCCCAAACGUCCUCGAGCGUCAGGGAAGCGUGCAGCACGAUUUAACGGCCCUUCCUGAAUUGUCCGAACUCGAGCAGAGCCCGCACCUCAGGCCUGCAAAUGUCAUCAAGCCCGUCCACCCCUACACCCUCGACCGCCCAUCAUCUGCUCGCUCACGCUCCCAGACCCUCGCCCUUCCUACCUCGCAUGACAAACAGGCCCCAGCUCGCCGUCACUCGACCAAGAGAAAAAAGGACCAGGCUCUGCGCGAAGAAGAGAUUCGCCAAAUGAGUGCUCCCAUGCAGAUUCCAAAGAGACCUGCUGCCAAUUCUGGCCAUGACCUGCUCCGCCGUGAUAGCAAANAGGCUCGCAGGACCCUGAUCAAACGCCCUGACGACUCCCGUUCCUCCAAUGUUUCUCUACCACUCCCAGAGUCAAUUCAUUCCAACAGGUCGCACAUGUCGGAGCAGCGCGCUUGGGAAAUCGGUGGCAUGUCUAUCCUCAACCCACGCCCUACCGUCCGUGUUUCGGGUACCUUUACUAGUCCACCCUCGCCCUUUGAAAAACGCCCAGAGAAGAUGGGCAAGCUGCCCGAGCUUGCUCGCGCAUCAAGUGGAAGGAAGGACCGAAGGAAGGUCGCUGAUCUGGCCGACGACCUCAAUUCUUCUGAGCUGCGCAUUCUCAUGGAGCGUGACCAGCGAAGAAAAGAACAAAAGGCUUUGGAGCAACACGAGCGUCUCGAUCGCAAGUUGCGCAGGCGGGCAGAGAAACAGCGCGAAGAAGACGAACGUAGGGCUCGUGAUGCUCGUUUGAAUGCAACUCCCCCUACCGCCAUCCAUCCUGCCUUCCGCGAACAACAAUCUGAUGCUGAGUUUAUCACAUCUACCUCGCUCAAAAAGCAGGGCAAGCAACCGGUCCCCGAGAUGCAAGAGACUCCCAUCAAGGGCGGUACCUAUCUACGAUACCCACCACGCGAAGACAUACCCCAGAACCCAUUCGUAGACCCAGAGCCCGAGAACCCCUUCACUGCUGCAGGCGCAGAAUGGUCCCCUGUUCAGACUCCGCUCGACGAGCCAGUUCUACACACUGCCAGAGCUGUCAGACUAUCCGCCGGUCACAUGUCCCCUCCUGCUUCUCCGGUACCAAUCGUCCAGCGCGAAGCUCAGCCGUCUCCUAGCUUGCCUGAAACUUCUUAUCCUCAAUCACAGAGGACUUCUAGCCAUCCUGCCAGUUCUUUUGAGUCAAGUCGACGCAGACCUUCUGAGAGCGGCAGUCGACGGGUGGGACCUAGCGCCUGGACGAACAUCUUUCGGCGGGGCCUCAGCUCAAGCCGCACAUCAGAGGACAAGCCUCCAUCCGAAUUUUCCUUUGUCAACACUUCACGAGAGUCCAUGUCUAAGCAGCCCAUACCAGCACACCUGGUGGGACCGCCCUCAUCGCGUCAAGCUGGCGUUCCCACUCGUACUCAGAGCAAGUUCCGCGAGGACCUUCCUGAACUACCCAUCUCUCCCCCAUCAUCUCGCGUCCAGUCGCCUGAGCUGAGCGUGAUCACAGCUGGAGUCGUGGCCGCAAGACGUGCCAAACGUUCUACUGAUACACAAAUGAAGACCACAGAUCAGUCUGGUCUGGUCCGAAACGACUCACCUGCCAUUUUUGAAGAUGAAGAAUCGACAAUUCUGUCUCAAUCAUAUGGCUCAGUCGAUUCGGAGGGCAGCUGGAUCAGUGGACGCUUGGGAAAACGCACAUCUCGCACAUCGCAUCCCCACAGUAGCUUGGGCUCCCUUAAGAAGGCAAAGCCCGAGUUCAGUGGAAGUUUCGAUCGACUUCCCGUACCAGAACAUGAAUUUUUCGCUGCCUUGACACCAGACAAUGGCAGCCGUCGUGCAUCAGCGGAGCACGCGAUCGAAACAACACCGACAGGAGAGCCUUCCCCUGAAGAGGCUGCGCCACUCAGACAGGCAACAGCACGUCGUAGACCGACGGUUGUUCACAACGAUCCCCGCUUCAAGUCUCGCGAAGGGCUUCUCACAGAAUAUCAAGCAGCAGAGCCAAUAACUCCAUCCCGCGAGGGCAGUUCGAGUGGCGAGUCGAUUGAGCACUCGCCAGUGGAGUUGCACAAAGCGCAGAGCGUCAACUAUGGUCGAAUGCAUGGUCACGGAAAGACUCUCAGUGCAGGCAGUGCCAAAAUGCUCGAAAUCGCACCGAAAAGAAGCAAGAGUGUUUCGACUCUUCUUACUCAAGGCAGCCCUCGCUCUUCACCUCGAAUCCCGCAAGAAUGA